AUGAGAACAAGACAAAGUAAGAACCAAAACAAAUCUUGUUCUACUGUCGACCUGAGGCAGCUCGACGAGAAUGUGAAUUUCACUGCUUCUGACCCUGGCCACUCCAAAGAUGUUAGUCACCGGAGCCCAGUUCAGGAGACAACUCGUUCCCAUCGAAUAAGAUGGACUCAGGAAGACCUUCAAGAAUUGAUGUGGUGCUAUUUUUACUCUCAAAAAUUUGGUUCAGGAUCGGAAAGUGACACCUUUAAAAUCUGGAGAGGAAGAAACCCAAACAGCAGGAAGGACAUGACAUCGAAGAAGUUGGCUGCCCAGAGAAGAUAUAUAAUGAAAGCACAAAAAAUUGAAAAUAAUAAAUUAGAAGAAAUUAAGAAAAAUGUAGACUCUUCGUGCAGUAAUGUUAUACGAGAUAAUGCACAAAUAAUAACAGAAUUAAAUGAGUCUAACCACAAGAGUAAAACCGAUACUGACGAGCAAUUGUUGACUGAUGCAGAAAUGAAGAGCAUCGAAGAGAGACUAAUUGAAGAGAUAAAAAAAGUAAAGAUGUGCCCAUUAAUAAACAGGAAGCCAUUAAGGAAAAUAUACAAAAAUAAAAAGGCAACUGAAGUUUUACGUCUUAUAGAUAACACCCUCAUAAAUGUAUUAGAAAAAGUGGUAGACAUUAAUUUAACCACAAUUAAUGAAAUUAUAUAUGCUGCGGGGGUAGUUGCCACAGAUGUUAUACUUGGGCAAAGAAAAGAAGCUCGUCAUAAAGAAAUUGAAAUAAAAAAGUCAACAUCACCAAUAUGGAUACAAAGAAUAGAGGGAAAAAUAGAAAGAAUAAGAUCACAUAUCUCCCUGGUAUCCGAAAUGAAGAAGAAUAAUAAUUUAAAGAAGAGGACAAUAAAGAAACUGGAUCACCUUAAAAGGAUCUAUAAAUUGAAGACCAUGGAAGAUAUAGAACUUACCAUGGAAACUUUAAAACAAAAGGUAUUGCUCUAUUCUCAGAGAAUAAGGAGAUAUAAGAAGAGAGAGCAGUUUUGGCGACAAAAUAAAUUGUUUGAAUCGGACCCAAAGAAAUUUUACAGAACAAUUAGAGAGCAGAACAUACAAAAUGGAUCCAGCACCUUAAAUGUAGAAAAAAUGGCAGACUUUUGGUCAAAUAUUUGGGAAAAAUCUCAUCCAUUAAAUAAGAACUCUACAUGGAUGAAUAAAGAAAAAGAAGCACAUGCCUGGAUUGCUUCUUCAACAAUGUCGGAUGUAAGAAUGGCGGAUUUAGAAACAUGCCUAAAAAACACGGCCAAUUGGAAAAGUCCCGGAUUAGAUAGGGUACAAAAUUUUUGGAUUAAGAAUUUUACAAGUACCCAUAAGUAUUUACUGGUAUCCAUAAAUAAAUUAAUAAUGGGACGGCAAGAAAUGCCAGAAUGGAUAACCACGGGAAAAACGUAUUUGCUGCCAAAAAAAUCAGGAGCUAUGGAACCGAAAGAUUUUCGGCCGAUAACCUGUUUGCCCACAAUGUAUAAAAUAAUAACAGCUAUUAUUGCUGAAAAGAUUUAUGGGCAUUUAAGAAAAAAUAACAUUUUUCCUCCUGAACAAUAUGGAUGCAGGAAAGGGUCUUACGGCUGCAAGGAGGUUUUAUUAAUAAAUAAAUUGAUCAUGGCCAGUGCAAAACAAAAGAGGAAGAAUUUAAGCAUGGCAUGGAUUGACUAUCAAAAGGCCUUUGAUAGUGUGCCUCACGAAUGGAUUAUUGAGGCACUGAAAAUAUAUAAAGUAGACCCUAAAAUUACAGCGUUCUGCGAGAAGAGUAUGAAAAAUUGGUGCACCCAGCUGGAAGUGCAAAAAUACUCUUCUAGAAAAAUAUUUAUAAAAAGAGGGAUUUUUCAGGGAGAUUCAUUGUCGCCACUUUUAUUUUGCAUGUCUUUAAUUCCUCUAUCCAGACAGCUUAAUAUCAAGGAUCAAGGAUAUGAGUUGAUACCGGGAGGCAGGAAAAUUACCCAUAUGCUAUAUAUGGAUGACUUAAAAAUUUAUGCCAAAAAUGAAGAGGAGUUAAAUAAAAUGUUACGGACGGUUCAAACCUUUUCCUCUGACAUCAACAUGAAAUUUGGUUUGGAAAAAUGUGCCAGAAUAAAUAUUGUCAGAGGAAAGUUAAAACAAAAGCAGAAUAUAGAAGACUCCGAAGAAGAACUUAUUAAAGAAUUGGACCCUGGAUCAUCAUACAAAUAUCUGGGGAUUGAAGAAAAUUUUGGGAUAGCCAACAAGGAAAUUAAACCUCGAUUGAAAAGAGAAUAUUUUAAAAGAUUGAGGCUUAUAUUACAGUCGGAACUGAAUGGAAGAAAUAAGAUAACCGCCGUCGGCACAUUAGCAGUUCCUGUAAUAGAAUAUAGUUUUGGCCUCGUAGACUGGACGAAAGAAGAAAUCACGCACCUAGAUAGAAGGACAAGAAAAAUAUUAACCAUGAAUGGUGCGUUACAUCCAAAGGCUGAUGUGGAUAGAUUGUACGUCAGCAGGAAAGAUGGAGGAAGAGGAUUAAGACAAAUAGAAGCGGCACACCAGAAUGCCAUUAUUGGAAUGGGAAAAUACAUAGAAUCCCAUCAAGAGGACCCUAUUUUAGCCCAAGUUAUACAUGCAGAAGAAAAAACUACAAAAAAAGGAGUUCUGAAAAGGGCAAAACAAAUCGUCCUAGAAAAUAAAGAAAAUGAGAUAAUGGAAGAAGGGCAACUUGCAACUUAUAAUAGCAAAGCCCAAUCUCAGAAGAAAUUAAUAGGCAAAUGGGAACAGAAAAAAUUACAUGGGCAAUACCUAAAAAGAAUAAAUGCCGAAGAUAUUAAUAAGAAGAGCACGCACAAUUGGCUACGGCGUGGAAAACUUAAAAUUGAAACAGAAGCGUUUAUUACAGCGGCUCAAGAUCAGGCAUUGCGGACCCAUAACUAUGAAAAAGUAAUUCUCAAAGUCCGCCAAGAUGACAAGUGCCGAAUUUGCCAAUCUCAAUCGGAAACCAUCGAUCAUUUAAUUUCCGGCUGUCCGAUACUGGCAAAACAUGAAUACUUAGAAAGGCACAAUAAAAUAUGUCAAUAUCUCCAUUGGAAUAUAUGCCGAGAAUAUGGAAUGGAUGGAUUACCCAAGGAGUGGUACAACCACAUUCCAAGCCCGGUCACGACAGUAGGCCCAUGCACAGUUCUAUAUGAUCAACAAAUCCACACUGAUAGAACUGUGCCAGCUAACAAACCGGAUAUCAUACUCAGGCAUAAUGGGGAAAAAUGGUGUAAGUUAAUUGAGGUAUCCGUGCCGGCAGAAAAAAACACCACAGCCAAAGAAGCAGACAAAAGGCUGAAAUACAGAAAUUUGGAAAUUGAAAUAACCAGGAUGUGGGGAACAAAAACUGAAACGAUUCCGGUCAUCGUGGGAGCAUUGGGAGCCAUGCCACAUUCAAUAAAAGGAAAUUUAAAGAAGAUUAUGAAGAACCUAAAAGAAGAAACCAUCCAGGAAAUCGCACUAUGUGGGACGGCCCACAUUCUUCGGAAAAUAUUAUAA